AAAAGUAGCACCCAGUGCGCAAAAUCUUGAAAUGCAUGUAAAGAAAUGUCGAAAGUUGAAAUGUCGUGAAAUGAAAAAAGACACCCAACCAACUAACCAACCAACCAUUCAUUAAGGGUUGAGAUUGAGAGUCAAUUUGAGUCGAGUUCAGUUAAGUUUUCUAUUGUUUUGCGACAGACCUCCCAAAGCAUUCGAUACACAGAGACCAAAGAGUAAAGAAAUCAAUAAUAAUAUAAUGUUUUUGUUAAAAAUAACUUUACAUCACUUGUAAAGAAGCAAGGAAGGCGGACGAGAAGAAGAAAAACAUAAAAUAAUAAAACGCGAAAAGUGUUUGUUAGUGGCGAAGGGAGGAAAUUUGGAGCGUUUAAAAUCGAGUCCUUUAUGUUUUUAAAAUGGAUUCUAGUCAUCAUGUUACGGUGCCACUACGUUAUGGCAUUAAAAAAAUGAGAAAGCGUCGAGAUUUAGAUGCUCUUUUAUCACAAAGUCAUAAUAAAAACGGUGGAAAUGGCAGCGGUGGCGGGGGUGGAGGUUGUGGUGGUGGCGGAGCCUUAAGACGUUGUAACAAUAGUCGAGGAGCUGUCUACUCCCAGGAUAAACUAUUAAAUAAUGCCUCGACAGAUGACCAAGAAGAUUACACUUGGCAACCUAAAAUUAAACAACCUCCUCAUCAUUGUGGCCAUAAUAAACAAAUGAUAUUUCGUUUAUAUGGCAUAUUAUUGUUUGUGAUUACUCUGUCCAUAUUUGUGGGCUUCACCUAUUGGUUAAAUUUCAAUUUACAACAACAGAUCUAUGAAUAUAGACAAAAAGUUGAACAAGUUUCUGCCGCUAGCCAAAUUUUGCCCGACACUUUGCAGGCCUGGCAUGAAACUUCGAAAAGUUUGAUAAAAAAUCAAACAUCGAUGUCUUUGAAAAUCACCGAACUGCAACAGUCUUUGCAGGAGUUGUGGAAAAACUUUAGCGAAUAUCGUUCGUCCCAAGAAGCUCAAAAAAGUUAUGAAAAAGAGGAAAAAAUUGUGGCCGAUUUUGGGGCAAAAAUCGAAGCUAUCGCCACUGAUGUCGAAAGUAUGAAAGAGCAUUAUAAUGCUGUUAAGGAAAAACAAACCGAUUUACAGCAAGUUUUUGAAAACUUAAAGUCCAAUUUUAGUGAUGGUUUAAAGAAUAUGGCCCUACCCAUCAACUACACGGAGGAAUUAAAGUCAUUGAGAAGCGAUUUACAAACAAAAAUUAAUAAAAUAGAGUCCAACACCAGCUACAUCAAUGAUACUUUAACCCAAAAGUCAAUUAUAAUGCAAGAAGAGCUAGUUAAACACAAGACCAAAUUGGAUGAGUUAUUUGAUCGCAGUGCCAAUAUAACAUCUCAUGUAACAUCACUAGAAAAUUCUUGGCCAGAAUACAAGCAAAAAGUCAUUAAUCUUGGUAACGAUAUACCAAGAAUAGAAAAAGAUAUUUCCAUAUUAUCUGUGGCCAGUCAAAAAAUGGAAUUAUCAUUUAAAAACAUUUGUAAUGAAUGUCAAAAUUCUUAUAUCGAAGCCUUACAGCACAAUAUGGAAGAUGAGAAGCCUGUUGAAAAAGUUCAAUCAUCUCAAACCAAAACGACAACGACCACUUUGCGCCCUGUUAAUGUGUAGUAUGUGAUUAUCGUCUAAAGCUAAACAAAAUAUAAAUAAAUACAAUUUUAUUACAAUUGGUAGUAAUUAAAACAAAACUUCUAAUUCAAAAUUUAAACAUAAUUUUUAAUUCACUAUUAAAAGACGAUUUUAACAACCAAAAAAAUUAAUAAUUGGCCGCCAUAGUUGAUAAUUUUAUUGUAAUGUUUUAAACUUAAUUGAGAAUUAAAGAAACAUUUUUUUUUGUUUAAAUAAAUAAUAAAACUGAAAAGU